AACUCGAACUAGAAUUGCAUCAGUCAGAUCGAAACAGCAGUUGACAUCCAUUAGCAAAAAUGAAAUUCCUCGUAGUUCUCGCCGUCGCUGUCGCGUGCGCAAGCGCCGACGUCUCUCACGUUGUCAAGGAUGAGUCCUCGGCUCCCGUUGUAAGGUCCGAGUACGAGAUCAGCCCCGAGGGUGCUUUCAACUACGUCUACGAGACCGGAAACGGCAUCGCCGCCGAGGCCUCCGGCAACGUGCAGAACCCUAACUCAGAGUACCCUAGCCUGGCUGUGAGCGGCAGCUACAGAUACACCUCUCCCGACGGUACCCCCGUUGAGCUGUCCUACGUCGCUGAUGCCGAGGGUUACAAGCCCGUCGGAUCCCACAUCCCCGUUGCUCCCGAAAUCCCUGAGGCCAUCGCCCGCAGCCUUGCCUACAUCGCUGCCCACCCCCCCACCCCCGUCGAAGCCGCCAACUUCGUCGCCAAACCUUUCCAGGGUUAAGCAGAUAACAACAGACCCAGCUAGUACAAACGUAACUGCCAUUAUUUAGUCAAUAGAAUAUUUUGUUCAAUUA